AUGCCUUUGGACGAAACAAACUUUGAAAGCUUCCUAUCUGAAAACCCUUAUGUAUUUGUCAACUUCUUCGCGCCAUGGUGCAUAUGGUGCCAACGUCUUGAACCAACAUGGGAGGCCAUGGCGGAGGAGGUCGAACGAUUGAAUCGGGAGGUUGAACAGGUGGAUGAACGGUCUACAUCCAUCGAUGUCGAUGUUGUUAAAGUAGACUGCGUGGCAAACCGCAACCUCUGUGGCACACAACGUAUCCAGGCUUUCCCCACUCUUCGCUUUUUCAAGGAUGCACAGCAGUAUGGAAUUGAUUACAAGCAAGAUCGCACUGUUGCCGCUAUGGUCGACUUCCUCAAGCAAAAAGUUGAGCUUGAAAAAACAAUGGAAGACUGGCAUCCGCGCCGAAAGCAGCGUAUGCUUGAGAUCAAGGAACACCCGGGUUGCAUGGUGUCGGGUCACGUGCUUGUAAACCGCGUUCCAGGUAAUUUUCACAUUGAGGCCCGUUCCAUUCACCAUAAUUUAAAUGCUGCUAUGACCAAUCUUUCCCAUGUUGUCAAUCAUUUGAGCUUUGGGACACCCCUUGCUAAGGACAUGCAGCGAAAGGUUUCGAAGUACCCACAGUUCCAGUCUGUUCAUCCUUUGGAUGGUGGUAUUUUUGUGAGCAGGGACUAUCACCAAGUACAUCAUCAUUAUUCAAAGGUAGUUUCCACACAUUUUGAGGUCGGGGGUAUGAUGACUAAAUCACGCGAAAUAGUGGGGUAUCAGAUGCUUGCGCAAUCUCAGAUUAUGCACUACAAUGAAAUGGAUGUCCCAGAGGCGAAAUUCUCUUAUGACCUCUCGCCCAUGGCGGUUCUAGUAUCUAGCAAGGGCCGCCGUUGGUAUGACUUUGUCACAUCCGUGUGUGCUAUUAUAGGUGGAACGUUCACCGUUGUUGGCAUCGUUGACGCAGUUCUCUACAAGAUUAUUAAAGGCGGCAAACAGCUUUAGAAUGAUAAAUCGACCUAAUGAGCUCUUGAUCCGGGAUUGUUAGCUGCAUGUGCAGCAUGCGAGGCCUAUCUGACGUCAUUCCCUCACACGGGAAAUUCGACGUGGCCUAGUGGGGGGCCUAGGCAUGGGCCAAGCGUUCAGAUCAAGCGCACGGGUAGAUUGGAGCGCAAAGCUCCUGCAGGCCAGCGUUGGACGCGGGAAUGAUUAACCCCCCCCCCCCCCCCCCCGAAUCGCAAUCUCAAUAUUGGCCAAUCGCCGGACAUCCCCGGCUGCCGUAUGAUGGCAAAAUACCUGCACAAAAUACCGGGGUGGCCCCUUGAUCAGCCCAGCCAACCCAGACCAAGUAGCAAGGGUGGCCCCUGGAUGCUUGUUCUUGGGUGUCGCAAUUAAGCCACGUGGACUCUGGACACGGGAAACCCAACGAAG